UUAUAAAAAUUCCAUCACCGAGCACAAUCGAAGCCUCUCUUUUUUGACCAACAAAUUCAAAUUUUAUCAUAAUUUUCCAAAAACAGUCGGAAACAUUCCACCAUCACACAAAUAGUUUGCUACAACAUUGAUAUUAAUUUUGGUAAAAAUUAUCUCCAUCGGAAGGCGUACGUUAAUUCAUUACAAUGGCACCCACACCACCAAAAUCGAAUCCGUCGUUGCCGGCGGUGGUGAGCAAAAGUCCGCGGGCGGAGCUAUUAUUCACAAUUCAGUUGCUGUCGGGAAGGGCCGUGGUGAUGGUGGAGUGCCCGGGGUAUGACACGGAGCUGUUCAUACCGCAGAUUGUCAAAGACCGGAUCACCCUCCAAAACAUGCUGUAUACCCGACCGUUCAACCUGUGAGCAGUCCGCCGGUGCGAGCACCGAAGAGGAUGAUUUCGUCUACACUACCACCACCUCUGGCAAGGAGCACUCCAACUUCACUUUCUGCCAACAAAACCGUUGAGCUGACACCAGAACCAGCGCGUUGCCAAGCAAUUCCAACUUCACUUUCUAUUCGUCGAAUCCGCGCUGCCGACAAAACCGUUGAGCUGACACCAGAGCCAGCGCGUUGCCAAGCAAUUCCAUUCGAAUCCGAGAUACAGGGCGUAUCUCUUCAUGUGAACUAGUCCUAUUCGAACUCCAGCUUAGAAUCCCAUCCUCCGCUUCUGCCGCCUGAAGUUUUGAGCAUCACAGACGCGAGGAUGAGUGUGUCGAGCACACCCAACUCUAAUUUGAACGCAAGCCCACCUCUGAGAAGCUCAAUAUGGGUGAAGCCGCCGGAGCGCACUUACGCGCGUCGUAAGACCGACAAUAUCGGCAAAGCCAAGCCGCCGACGAAAUGGUCGCCGGUGCAAAACAAGAAACGGCAACCACUAUCUGCAACGAAGGGUCCAAAUUCGAGCAUGCAUAUAGAAGUGCGCAGGCGGAACUUCCUUGAGGACACACACAAGACUAUUGAGCCCUACGACCUGCAAAAUGCUAUCAGCUCGCCUGUUGUCCAAAAGGAAAUCAUCCAAAGGCAGGUCACUGCCAAGACAAAACAGCAGUUUGAUGCGCUGAAAGGCACGGCCUUCGAUCUGCUGACAACGUCCGACCAAGGGAACAUAGCCGAAGAGUUGGUCCAACAGUUUCAGGAGGCCUGCAUGGAUAGGCGUUCCUCCACAGUGCCCAACUACAUAGAGCUGUCCGCCAGCCCUCAGCUGCAACUAGACCACGAGGUGAAUGCUUUGCUGGCAAGACAAAAGCGUUUAGAUCGGGUAAAUAAAAAGCCAAUGAAAUGGAUGAAGCGCACGUGAUUUAUUGCCGCUGAUUUGUCUACGUUUUAAAAAUUUACUGUUCGCCCUUCAAGUCAAUUGCAAUAUGUCUUAGGGUGUAGCAGCGUAUUAAAUGUCCCUUUCAUGAAGAAACAUAUUCCUUUUAGUCCUACUUAGUCGUAGUUAGCCCUACUAUAUGUACAAAUCUACCUAAAGAUAAAUUUAAAUAAUUAUAAUUUUGUACGAUAAAACGUAAUUGUAAUUGGGAACCCAAGACCCGGACCAGAGGCCUCUAA